AUGGCCGUUGCCGAUCUUAUCAAGCAGAUCAACGAAGUGGUUGAAAACCCUCCUGCUCCUGAUGCUGUCAGUGAAGCAGAACGAGUAACUCUUUUGGCCAGUCUCGAAAAGCUCAGAAAUGUAGUCGAGGCACCGAUUGAUUUCACAACUCGGGUUAUCUUUGGUGCACAUGAACAAGUUGGUCUUCGAAUUGGGAUCGAAAGUGGCAUCUUCAAUACCAUGGCAGCUAUUGGUACAGGCGAGUUAACAGCCUCUGAGGUUGCCCAGAGGACGGGAGCCGCGCCGCUGCUGGUAAGCAGAGUCAUGAAGCUUUUGGCUGCUAUGGGUCUCUUCAAAGAAGUUGCAGAAGACAAAUAUGCAAAUGGACCAUUUGCACCGGCUUUCGCUGAUGCUUCACCACUGCCAAACGCUGUACUUCACAUUGUCACAGCCAAUGAAGUUCUCAUGAAGAUUCCAGAAUACCUGAAGAAAACCAAGUACCAAAAUCCAGAGAACACCAACGAUGGGCCAUUUCAAUAUGCCAUGAAUACAAAACUUCAGUACUACGACUGGUUGAAGACAGAGCCCGAGCAAGCUGUCGCUUUCAAUACUGCCAUGAUAUUGCAACGUAUGGAUCGCGGUGAGCCUUGGUACGAUUACUACCCUGUCGCAUCCAAAAUCGAGACAGCUGUUGAUGAGAAAGCUCCUCUUAUGGUUGACGUUGGUGGAAACAUAGGAAUUAAUCUCAACGAUUUCCAUGCCAAGUUUCCAGAACUUCCCGGUCGUCUCGUACUUGAGGAUCUUCCUGAGGUCAUCUCCAGUAUCCAAGAGCUGGAUCCUACUAUCGAACGCGUCGUUCAUAGUUUCCUCGAGCCACAGCCCGAGACUGCUAAGGGUGCUAAGUUUUACUUCCUCGGCACCAUUCUUCAUGAUUGGCCAGAUGCAGAAUGCAGGACAAUUUUGUCGCACAUUCGUAAUGCCAUGAGCAAAGAUUCCAUUCUACUCUUGAGUGAGAAUGCCGUUCCUGAUACCAACGCUGGUUUAUACCAAGUCAAACUCGACUUUCUUAUGAUGAGCUUGUUUGCUGCGACUGACCGUACAAUCAAGCAGUUCAGAGCUCUCCUGGAAAGUGAAGGUUUCAAUUUGGUGAAGAUUUGGAGGCCCAAAGUGGCCAGACCUGGAAGUGGGUUCUUGUUUGAGGCUAUCUUGAAACAAGAUUAG